ACUCAAUGUGGGAGGGAACCAUGCUUAGCGUUGUUGAUUUUCAGUCGUCCAAGGAGCCCAGCUCUGUUCCACAAGUUCUUCGCGGUUUUGUGCCUAUCUGAACGUUAAAUAUUUUGUUAAUUAUAUUAAUUUUAAUUCUUCUUCGAAGACACUAUCAAACAAAGAAAAUGGAAUGUAAUUCCGAUCAACCCACCGAAGUACACGAGUCGAACAAUAAUGAAAAUACGUCCACCCAGAAUGGAGAACAUGAAGAACCUAUUGCCACCAACGGCACCGGCGAAACGAAGGACGACAAGUAUUACCAGGAUGCCAAGAAGUACUGGUCCAAGAUUUCACCCACAGUUGACGGAAUGCUGGGUGGAUUCGGUAGUAUUUCUUUCACGGACAUUCGUGGAUCGGAGCAGUUCUUGAAGAAUCUCUUCAAAAUUAAACCAGCUCCCGGUCGGUUGCAGGCCCUGGACUGUGGUGCCGGCAUUGGACGGGUCAGUAAAAAUCUUCUGAUGCCCACUUUCGACCGGGUGGAUCUUGUGGAACAGGAAACUCAGUUUUGCGCGACGGCCGAGAAGGAGUUGAGCCCAACCGGGAAGCUGGGAACGGUGUACAAUGUGGGGCUGCAGGAUUUCCAGCCAGAGGCAGGAAAGUACGAUGUAAUUUGGUCCCAGUGGGUGUUGGGUCAUCUGACCGAUACCGAUAUCGUGGAGUUCUUCUUCCGAUGUACGAAAGCCUUGAAGAAGAAUGGCAUCAUGGUGAUGAAGGAGAACUUUACCAAUGCCGCCGAGGUGGAGAUGGAUCGACAAGACUCUUCUGUGACGAGGCCACUCCAGCUGAUGAAACAACUGCUGACGAGAGGAAAUUUACGAGUGGUCAAGGAACAACGACAGAAGGACUUUCCGAAAGGAUUGUACCCGGUGUACAUGAUUGCGGUGAGACCGAUAAUAAAUAGCUGAAAGCAAGCUUGAUACCGACGUAAGGUUGGGAAUGAUUUCUCUGAGAAAAAAAUAUCCAUUUGAAAACUAUUUCUUCAUUGAAUCAGUUUAUUCAGCAUUGUGCUUUUUACAUUCGGUUCAACUUAAUGCAUUACUGUUCGAAUAUGUAGGAGGUACCACUUAGCUAGGACUGUUUGUUCCCAAUGAGAAGCGUUAAAGGAGAGACUUUCUC